AUGGAAGCCCUUGGGAUAGAUCGGGAGCGAGUGAAGCAGGUCUUGAAAGAUCUCCUCGCCACUUACGAGAACAAUUGGGAGUUAAUUGCUGUGGACAAUUAUAGUGUUCUCGCUGAUGCUAUCUUCGAGGAGAAAGAGACUGAGGCCACUCGAGAAAUGGAAGAAAAGAAAAAGAAGCCUGAAGAAGCUGAAUGCAGUGCUGCGGAAGUGGACCGAGGAAAGAAGAAAGUCCAUGAGCUUGCAGACGAAGAUGAAGAUUCCAUGGCUGAGGCUGUACCGCCUUUAAAGAGGCUGCGACGCGGAGGUGAAGGAGGCUCUGCUUUGACUUUGAACCAAAGCACAAGCCCUAGCUUGGGCAGUCCCAGUUUAAAUGAGCCGACAACCUAUGACAACGAUACUGUUCCGAUUUUAUUGCCAUAUCAUGAUGCUGGUGCGUUCAUUGUUCCUAAAGACGAGACCUUGACAGUGACAGAUAUGUCUUCCUCUCCUAAUCAUCCAGAUUCAAUGGAAAGAGGGAACUCUUCGAUUCCCAUUCUUGAGAUGGAGAAAACUAAUGGACAUGUGGACAAGCAGGAUGGAGAAACAGUCAGCACUGUUCAUGGUACUACCAACGAUGUUCCUCCUCCUACAACUAUUCAGAGAUUUAGUGAUCAAAAUCUGGCUGCAACUCAAGCAGAAUCUUCAGCACUUGAGUUAGCUUCUUCUGCUUCGGGUGAGGUGAAGAUUAAUCUGAGCUUUGCUCCUGCAACUGGAGGAUCGAGUCUACGUUUACCUUCUGAGGAGGAGCUACGAAGAGCAAUGGAGGAUAAGUGUCUCCGAUCAUACAAGAUAUUGGACCCCAACUUCUCCGUAGUUGGGUUUUUGAACGACAUCUGUAGCUGCUACAUGGAUCUUGCAAUAAAGGCAAACAAUUCAGCCAACCAGUCUCCAGAAAAGUUGCCUGUUCUCACCACGAAUGUUGAGGCUUUGAAGAUCUCUGCAGCAAGGAUGGACUUUGCUUCUAGUAGCACUAAUGAUCAUAAUGUUGAUGGAACUGAUGAUCGUAAUGGGUCUGCAGCAAGGAUGGAACUGAUGAUCAGUGAUGAUCAUACGCGUGAUGAUGAAAAUAGUGCAGCUGGUGACUCAAUGGGUUUGGUAGUUGUUCCGGAAUGCCAAGCAUCUGCGGAUGAGUAUAGAUCGAUAAGCAACGUCAGUGACAUCACUCUAGGGAGAGAAACUGUUGAGAUUCCUUGGGUGAAUGAGUUUAAUGAAAAGGUUCCUCCAAGUUUCUUUUACAUUACCCAAAGCCUUGUGUAUAAAGAUGCGGAAGUGAAGUUUACGGUUGGGGAUAUCAGGGAUGACCAAUGCUGCUCCUCUUGCUGUGGAGAUUGCUUGGCUCUGUCAAUGGCUUGCAGCUGUGCAACUGCAGCUAAUAAUGGUUUUGCUUACGCAGUAGGUGGCCUCCUUCAGAAUGAUUUUCUGGAAGAUUGUAUCUCUGAAGCUCGUGAUCCAAGGAAACAUGUGGUGCAGUAUUGCAAAGAAUGUCCAAUACAGAAGGCCAAAAAUGAAGACGUUCUUGAAAACUGCAAGGGCCACCUCAAGAGGAAGGUCAUAAAAGAAUGCUGGAUCAAAUGUCGCUGCAACCAAAGAUGUGGAAACCGAGUUGUUCAACAGGGCAUUCACAACAAGCUGCAGGUGUUUUUCACGCCCAAUGGGAAAGGUUGGGGACUGAGGACACUAGAGAAGCUGCCUAAAGGAGCAUUUGUCAGUGAGUUUGCUGGGGAGAUUCUGACCAUUACAGAGUAUUGCCAACGUAGCAAGGAGAAACCUACUUGUCCGUUUGUAUUGGAUGCACACUGGGGUUCUGAAGAACUAUCAGGGGAUAACAAAUCUCUUUGUCUUGACGGAACUCAGUAUGGAAAUAUUUCCAGGUUCAUCAAUCACAGAUGCUUAGACGCAAAUUUGAUUGACAUACCAGUUCAUGUGGAGAACACGGACCCACACUACUAUCAUCUCGCUUUCUUCACAACAAGAGAGAUUGACGCUAUGGAGGAACUUACCUGGGAUUAUGGCGUCGAGUUCAAUGAUCAUGUGUAUCCCACGACUCCGUUCCAUUGCCGAUGUGGUAGCGAGUUCUGCCGUAACAUUAAGAAGCCGAUAACCAAAAGUAAGAAGUCGAAGAAGAGAGGCAUGAGAGAGUAG